AUGCACGACGACGACCGCACGAGGGACCAGCUGCCGUCCUUCCGCAAGGUCGACCCCGGCUCGCGCGCGUACACCAUGGACGAGGUCCGGAAGCACGCCACGAAGGACGACGCCUGGAUCGUGGUGCACAACAAGGUGUACAAUAUCACGGAUUUCAUACUGCACCAUCCGGGCUGGAAGCACGGCGGCCAGGCGAGCACGAUCCAGUCCAUCCUCGGGGGCCUGGGUCGCGACUGCACCGACGACUUCGUCGCGAUCCACUCCCCCAACGCCUGGAGGCAGCUGCCCGACUACUACAUCGGGGACCUGAUUCAGGACAGUACUGCCCCCGCGGGGGGGUAG